AUGAGCAUAUCUGUUGAAAUAAAAUCUGAUUUUUCAUCUAUAGUGAAAGAUUUUUCUAAAAAUUUGACAUUAUUAGAAUUAAGUAAUAAGUUAUAUCCAAUCACAGGUGUUUCGCCCAGUGAUAUGGCAUUAAGCUUGUAUUCAGGUUCUGAAUUACUUGGUAAAUAUGAAAAUAUACUUAAUAAUUCAGAAAAAUUGCCCUUGAUAGAUAUAAAUUAUUCGAGCAUUAAAGUGAUAGUAUUUGAUUUGAAUUCAAAUUCUAUUACUAAUCAAAUAAAAAAAUUACAAAAUGAAGAUGAGUUUGAGAAUAAUGAUAAGUUUAAAAGUUUUGAGAUAAGUGAAGAGGAAUAUAGUAGCAGAAAAGACACUGUUUUACAGUGGAAAAAGAUAAUCAACUGGGGAGAUUUAACCCAGAAUAUCAAGAAAAAUAAAAAAGAUCAAGAAUUAAAUAAUCUAAAAGUGAACAGUUUGCAACUAAAUGAGCGUUGCUCUAUAAAGGCAGAUGGGCAAUUAGAAAGAAGAGGAAUAUUGAGAUAUAUUGGUAAAGUUCCCGAUAUUAACCCAACUGAUAUAUGGUGUGGCAUUGAAUUUGAUGAACCAGUUGGUAAAAACAAUGGUACUUUUAAAGGGAUAACAUAUUUUGGACCUGUAAAUAAGAAUUACGGUGGAUUUGUAAAGCCAAAAAAUGUUGAAACUGGUAAGCAAUUCGUUCCUGAAUUAUCAGAAUUAUGCUUCAGUGACGAUGACGAGUUAUAG